AUGGAUCGAGUCGACGACGUCCCUGAUAGGCGUCAGGUUGAGAGGAGAGCUCGUGUCGGGACACGACGGAGCCAGCGUGAGUGGAGUUGGCUAGAGCAGGCUAUGGGGGAGGCUGAUGAGGCAGGUAGGGGUGGUGGUCGAGGACAAGGGCGUGGAGGCAGACGGAGGGCACCCGUUGCGGGCCACGAUGAUGGUGAUCUUCGUGACGUGGACGGUGGGGGAAGGGGUGCAGUCGGGGUUGUUAGUCCCCAUCAUGGCGGCCUUGGUGGAAAGGGGUACGCCACUGGAGAUCCCACUGCCCAUGGUGAGGCUGGACUUGGGGAGGGGCCGCUCGGAGAUUACUUCAUUGGAGUUCCCCCUGACGACCACACACUUUAG